CCGUAAUCAAUCCGUGGAUUGAGCCAAGCAAGUCGCUGCUUCACAUAUCAUGCACACAUGCCAUGUCUGUCUGUAUGUCGGUAUGCAUCCCGUCUCGAGUCCAUCCAUCCAUCCAUUCACCAGUUUGUCCAUCCAUCCAUCACGCACGGCCAUUGUCCCCUCCCCCCCUCUCUACAUCCCACCCACCGCCCAGCAGCUCAGUGUACGCAGCUAUCCACACUUUACUGUGGUUUGUGUGCGCGAGGGGCAGUUAGGCCACCUUGCGCUUCUUGCGCUUCCUCUCCACCUCAUUAGCCCCACCGUCCUGUCCCUUGUCCGCCUGCAGACGGCCCUUCUUGGCCUCGCCCGCCAUCACCAAACCCCCGCCCUCGCCGUGCUGCACCCCGCCAUCCACAGCACUCGGGGCCGCCCGCUUCUUAUUGCGCCGGGGGCGCAUGCGGUAUCGGCGGCCGUUGUCCUGUGGCUGCUCUUGCACAGCAGCAGCAGCAGGGACCACAGCAGGGACGACGGCAGCGGCAGCGAUGGCAGCAGGGGGAGGUGUCUGAGCAUGGGGUGCCUGAGCUUGGGGCGCCUCGAUGGAGGGCGGCUCGUAGACCGGCUCCACCUCGAUGCGCGGCGUGUAGGGCUGGAUGAACUGGCCGCCGACGUCAGCCGCCCAGUGCUGAAACUCCUGCACCCAACACACACACACAAAUGAAUGGGCCAGGAGAGGUGGAGGUGGUGCGUGUGAGGGUGAUGGAGGCACUCUGCUGGUGGUGUGAGUUGGCUGGGUACCUGUUUGUCCAGAUCGUCAAAGUAGGGGUGAUUAACCGCCUCCGCCGCCGUCAAACGCUCAGCGGGGUCAAACCUAAUCAGACUGACACACACAGUUGACAGAGGAAUGCAGCCAUGGGAGGGAGGGAGGGAGGUUGCUGAUGGGCUGACGUACUCGUAGAGAAAGUCGAACUUCUCGUCGGUGAUGGUCACGCCGUUCUCGCCCUCGGCCAGGGUCUUCUGGAACUUGGCGCGCACCUCGGCCUUGCUGCGCUGCGGAAUCCGCGGCAGGGUAAGGCACUGCACAGACACACAGCCGGACGGACUCGUGUUUGUGCUUUGUGUGUCUGUGGUGCUUUGGUUCCAUACGUGUGAGUUAUACAGCGGCAGGUUGAGCGCCCGCAGUCUGCUGUGCGGCGGCAGCCCCAGCAAAUCGAUCAUCUUAAUCAGCGAGCCAUAGUCAGAACCCAUAGGACACUAACACACACAGACAGACAGAGAAGUACACACACUUAUCUCUGUCUGUGUGUGUGUGGCUGUGUGUGGCUGUGUGUGUGUGCAUGGCUCGGUCGGUCGGCGAGUGGCUGACUCACAUCGAAGGGCGAGCGACGGCAUCCGAGCAUCUCAGCGAAUAUGCAGCCUGCACACACACAGACAGACAGACACACAAAAAGCAUCCCGCAGGUGCCAUGUGUGAGUCCCUCCCUCCCUCCCUCAUACCAGCAGCCCAGAUGUCCACGGCCGUCCCGUGUGUCCGCUGCCCCAGCACCAUCUCGGGCGCCUUAUACGAUGGCGUCCCCAACGCAGUCGGGUUCUGAUGAAUGGCACAACGGAUUCACACGUGUCGCUGACACAUGGCGCCGCUGGGUCAGUGCGGUGUUUACGGUGUGCCGGACGGGCGGGGCGCCGAGGCUGUCCAGCAGGCGGCCGUGGCCGAGAUUGGUCAACAACAACUUCUCACUGCAUCCACACAGACACGUAGACCGACACAGUGGGUGUGUGUGGGGUGUGGGAGGUGUCGCAUACCGUCCAGGUGUCGUGCUGUUGUUGAGCAGCACGUUGGCGGGUUUGAGGUCGCGAUGGGCGAUGUCGUGCGAGUGAACGUGGGCCAACGACAACAGCAGCUGUCCAAUCCAACACACAGCAGAUGGGGGGCAUCCCAUGGCUGUGUGUGCCUCUCUCCUUAGUACCUGGAACAUAUAGCGCUUGACCUGCUCGGGCGGCAGAAUCCGCGGCACUUUGACCUUUCGCUGCAUUCGCGAAUGCUGACAGCACACACGAUGGUCCAUCCAUCCGUCGGCUCUGUCGGUUUCCUUGGUUUGUUUGCUGGUUUGCUUACCGGUGGGAACAUGCGGCGGAGGAACCUGAAGAGGUCGCCGCCGGAGGCAUACUCCAUGACCAUGUAGAGCCGCCCCUCCUCGCCAGACACCCAGGCCUCCACCACCUUGGCAACAUUCUCGUGCUUCAUCUUAGUCAGAAUGGCCUGCAUCACUCACAGCCACACACACAUCCACACCCGCCACACAUCACACGCCCUCCCCCCUCCAUCCCUCCCCACCUCACCACGUCGCGGACCGCCUCGACAGGGAUACCCUCCCAGCAGGUCGAGAAGUCCUGCACCUUGGCUGCGAACAGACGGCCCGCCGGCCCUUUGCCCUUCUCACGUACCAGCACCACCUUGCCGAACGAGCCGGCGCCCAGCUCACCCAACGACAUCGUACUUGGCAUACAGAGUCGGGUCGUUGUAUAGGUCAACCUCGCACGCCGACAUGGCGAGUGCGUUGCCCUGGCUGGGCCUCCCAGAUGGACGGUGGGCCUGUCAACAGCUGCUAUGCCGUUGAGCACCUGCAGGCCUGUGGGGAGCGGCUGACCCGCUCGCGCUGGCCGUCUGAUGGACUCGACUGAGGCCGGAUGACCUGCCGCUACACUGCCGUCGGCGGCAAGAGCCUCCAACGCCGUCACGAUGCCGUGGACGAGAGCGGGGGACGAGAGCGAGUGUCAGAGCCGAUGAACGUCAGCUCAAAUAGUCCCUUUCCAUGAAGACCGGGCGGUGUUUACUGUGUGGGACGAUGAAUGCGGAAGAA